AUGCUUCCUCAGUCGCGGCCUGUUAAAUCCAAAAACCCUUGUUCAGUGUGCACUAAACGCAAGGUUAAGUGUGACCGGCUAGUGCCUUGCUCGAACUGUGUAAAGAGAGAAGAAGAAGAGCGUUGUAUCGCCUCUUACAGGACCAAACUCGACAGAGCUGGAGACCUCCUGUCUGAGAGCAAGCAUGAGUUCUUAACAACGUGGCAAGCAUACGAUUAUUGGGUAUUUGGGAUUGGCAUUUUCCAAAAUGGUGCGUUGAACAAAAAGCGUUCUGUUGACAGCCGGAGUUUCGAAGAAGAAGAAGAAGAGUCAAGUUACUGGAGGGACGGACUUAACAUGGAUACAUCGUUUAAAUUGCUUGACUUCGCCAUCGAGAAUCUUGGGUCGCUCUUUUUCGGUUGCGUGAGUGAUGUCGGUGAGCUGUAUUUCAAGCUGGAAGAGUAUUGGGGAAGAUUAAAUGAUACACAAGCAGCGCCAACAACUGAUAGCUUAUUUUCAAGCGCUAUUUUGUGGUCAAUCUUUACUAUGGCUAUUUUCUACAUGCCUAUAGAGCUGCUGGGAAAGUAUUUCCCGUCUGAACAGGUUGCGAGACUUUAUGACAGCACACCAGAACAGGCAUUGACUGAGCGGCUCCGAAUGAAUCUCUUCGAAGGGUUCUAUCGAACGACAGUGAACCAGCUCAAGAAGGCAGAUUUUCUGAGGAAUCCAGUAGUUGAAACUAUCCAGACCUAUCUAAUUCUGGCUGCCACCCCUUUCCCAGCGCUUGAACCGUCUCUGGCAAAUAGCUUACUAACUCAAUGCCUUCACCUCGCGAAAUAUUGGAGGUUAGAUCAGUUUAGGCCCUUGGUUACUGAUACACCAGACCUUAGACUUACAAAAGUUGUAUGUGAAAAAUUGUGGUAUCGGUUGUGUGUCCAAGAUUUUUGGCAGUCCGGCCCGAACAAGCCCUUGUCAAUACAUGAAGAUAACAUUUCGCUACUAAGUCAUGCAGCAUACCUAAUGGACCGGCCGAAUGUCGAUGUCUACCAAAGCGAAGACACGUUUGAAGCCUUAAUUUGGAAAAUAGUAUCUCUUGAUAGGGACCUCGAGAAAUACUUCAUUACUACAUCCAAGCCCCCACUUAAAACCAUUGAUGCCAUACAGCGGCAGAUUGAUAUUUUCUCACAAAAAAUCAACUCGACUGAUGCUCAAGCUUCGACAACGGCUAGGUGCGACAAAUUCUUAGCUGGAUUUUUGCUCAAUUUCGUCAACUGGAAACUGAGCAACCUCAAUUACAUAUACUAUGACCCGCACACUGGGGCUGCCAGGUUGAACCACUACACCACAGUGCUGAUAGCUCAAGUCUUGCACAACAUAAAGAAUAAGCUUGAUUUCUAUAAUCGAAUGCCACUUGUUCUACGAAUAAUUACGAAGCUCAUGACCUUCCACACCUUGUGUAAUGUCUAUGAUGAUUCUGCCACCAAUGAGCAAUUAGCACUUGACUUAUCAGAGGUAUUUGCGGGUCUUGGGGAAGUGUCGAGCUCUCUUACAACUCCAACGUCUAAACUAUUGGACAGGGUGAGAAAGCUCAAACCUAUUUGGCGCAAUGUUCGCGUUGUAGAUAGUGAGAGUUCUUCUAACCACCCCGUGUUCAAAAUUCUGCAGGAUGACAUCGUCUUUCUUAGAGACAGCUGCACUAAAAGGCUCCCAAAGUUUUUGGCUGCUCAUAGUUCGAAGGAUAGAUUGGAUGACGGGUUAGAGGCGGAGCCGCAAAGCCGAGAAUUUUUGCAAAUUGUCGCCAACUUUGAGAAGUCCUACCCACUCAACAAAAUAUUGAAUUUAUGCGACUAA